CGGGAACUCCUGAUUUGGCUAAGAUUGAAGCACUCGACUAUCGUACCGCUACUUGGCACCGCGACGGUCGAGUCUCCAUUUCCGGCUCUCGUUUCCAAAUGGAUGUCUUCUGGGACAUUAUAUAUGUACCUUGAGCAAGUUACCGCUACCGUUUCAACUAAAAUUGAAUUAGUGAGUCCCUUGUUCACAACAAUCACAUUCGCCAAGCAUUCAUCGGUUUUAUGCUACAAGGCCAUAGGCGCAAAUGUGCUCAUAGAUGAUUCGGGGAAUCCACGUCUCACGGAUUUCGGUCUCGCGACAGUCGCAGGGGAUGCAGAGUUGCAGUUGUCCAUGACGACCGCGACCCGCACCUUAGAUUCUCGAUGGCGUGCGCCUGAAAUCGUUGGAAUCGAGCGUGACCCUGAAAAACCGUCUUUCAAGAGUGAUAUCUAUGCCUUGGGUGGUGUUAUUUUC